AUGAUGGCAAAAACAACAAGGUCGAAGGGGGAGGCAGGAGGAAGUAAAGACGGUAGUUGGCGGCGAGGAGCUGCUCUGGUAGCCCCCUCGUCGAUUCUUUCUUCUUUUUCUGGCAAUAUAUCUCAAAGAUGGAGGCAAGGAGAGACAGAUUGGAUAAACACAACAGGUAAAGGGUGUUUGGCUGUUGUUGUUCGAUCGGAAGGAAGAGAGACGAGAAAGAGAAGGGUCGUCGCCCUUUUCUUGUUGCUGGAGGAUCACCCACCUUCGGUUGUCCUUGUCAUGUCACGUGCCUAUCAUCCACAGUUUGGAGGUUUAUCUCUUAAUAAAUACCAACAAACGCAAUCUUCAACCCCACAUCUAUUCAGUGUGACUGAGAGUAAGAUCAAGAGUAAGAUGAAGAACGACGGGAAAAGUCUCAGAUCCGGUGGAAAGUACGGCCAGGAAGCGCGCAAGGACAGGAAAUCCGCCACCGGCAUCAACGGAUCUCCGAAGAAAGGAGGUCAUGGAGAUAGACAGCAGAGCUUUGAUCGAGGAAGAUUUCAUCGCCACUUGUGA